AUGCUGAACCCUCGCCCGUGCGUACCAAGGCUAUUGAGCGCUGUCGCACGCUGCCAUAAGCCGUAUAGUACUAGCAUAAAGUCUUUGGAAGAUCUAGCCAAACUAAAGUCUUUAGACGACGUUGAUCCAGACUUGGUGAGAAAGCUGAUCAACGAGAGGACCAAUGAGCUCAAUAGUCAAGCUGAACUUGCAAUGCUCAAACAGAUGCAGUCCCAAGAGAAUCAGCAGCAGCAGCAGGCUUUGAAAAAGUUCGUCAGGCCAAUGUGGAUAUUUUUACUCAUGAGCUCUUUCUUUUAUCUCACAGGUCACUACAUAUGGUGGAAGCUGGAGUACGAUGAGCGUGAAAUUGAGCUGCACAAGCAGGUGCAGGCGCUUCGACAGGAGCUCGAUUCCGCGAUCGCAGCCAAGCAUUCGGGAAAAGAACCCGCUCUGUCCGGUGCAGGCGCAAAGAAACCCAAAAGGUGGUAUCUCGCAUGGUUAUGGUAA